AUAAGGUCUGAGUUCUACAAGCACAUCGUCCUGUCCGGAGGCUCCACCAUGUACCCCGGCCUGCCGUCCCGCCUGGAGCGCGAGAUGAAGCAGCUGUACCUGGAGAGAGUGCUGAAGGGAGACGUGGACAAGCUAUCUAAAUUCAAGAUCCGGAUAGAGGACCCCCCCCGGCGUAAACACAUGGUGUUCCUGGGCGGCGCCGUGCUGGCCGACAUCAUGAAGGACAAGGACAACUUCUGGAUGACCAGGGAGGAGUAUCAGGAGAAAGGGACGCGCGUGCUGGAGAAGCUCGGAGUCACCGUCAGAUAAAACA